UUGUGCGUGUUCACCCUUAAUAAAGUUUGGUAUAGUUACUUUUUAUUAAAAUAAUAAAUUAAAACAAUUUUAUUGAUAUUAUAAAAAUAAACGAUUUGUUGCUUAGACUCUAGUUCAAACUUAGUUCAAAUGGUUAGGCUGUUCUUCUAGCCCAAAAAGUAUUUACACAAUUCCUUAUACAUACACAAUAACCCCAUAAGUAAUUUAUUAAAGUUUCUUAAUAAGUAGGUACCUUAUAUAAAGUUUUGUGGUUCACUUUUAUGUUUAGUGACCCCCUCAACUUAAAUUACGUUAACACUGUCUGAACUAAAUAAUGGGAUAUGAUGAUGUAGUUACACUAUUGGGAGAUUUUGGAAGGUACCAAAGGAGAAUUCAUUUUCUCUUAUGCCUUCCUGCAAUUGUAUGUGCUUUUCACAAGAUGGGAAAUGUUUUCUUAUUGGCAGAGGCUGAUCAUAGAUGUUUUUUAGACAAAUAUCCAAAUUCAAGUUUCAUUUUAUCAAACGAAAUUUUAAACGCUUCAAUACCAUGGGAAGAAGAAAAACGGAAAUACUCUUCAUGCUCGAUGAUAUCAGGUGAUGCUAUAGUACCUUGUAAAAAAUACGUUUAUGAUCAUAGGAAAUACCAGAGCAGUGCAAUUUUUGAAUGGAAUUUGGUUUGUGAUAAAGCAUCAUUUUCUGCAAUUGGGGAUGCCAUUUUUAUGGUGGGCGUGGGUCUAGGAUCUAUUAUAUUUGGAUAUCUUUCAGACAAAUUUGGUCGUAAAAUAAUAUUCUUCAUGUCUUUGGUAGUACAACUUUUGUUUGGAAUUAUUUGCGGUAUUGCUCCUGAAUUUUGGACAUUUACAUUGUCUAGAGCCAUAGUCGGAGCUACGACAUCAGGGGUAUUUUUAGUAGCUUACGUCAUAGCAUUAGAAAUGGUGGGGCCUACUAAAAGAAUGGUAGCGGGCACUGUUUGCCAAAUGUUUUUCUCAACUGGCUACAUGUUAACUGCUGCUUUUGCAUAUUACAUAACGGACUGGCGAAAUCUUCAGAUAGCUUUAACAGUCCCCGGAGUGUUUUUCUUAUGCUAUUGGUGGUUUAUUCCUGAAUCGGCAAGGUGGUUAGUUUCGAAAAAUAGAGUGCCUGAGGCGGUAAAAUUAAUACAGAAAGCCGCUAAAGAAAAUAAAGUCAAUGUGUCUGACCAGCACAUAGAAAUGCUUUUAAAAGACGAUAUAAGAUCGAAAGAUCCUAACGUUAAAACCGCCACUAUCUUUGAUGUCUUCAGGCAUCCGAAUUUAAGGCGGCGAUCACUUAUAAUAUUCUUCGAUUGGUUUGCUAAUAGUAUGACAUAUUACGGUCUAUCUUGGAAUACAAAAAAUUUAGGGGGAAAUGAUUAUCUAAAUUUUGUGAUUUCCGGAGCUGUUGAAAUACCCGCAUACACUUUCUUACUCUUCACAUUAAACAGAUGGGGCCGUAAAUAUUUAUUAUGCGGCUGUAUGAUUACAGCAGGAAUUGCCUUAAUUCUUACUAUGGCUGUGCCAAAUUCUCAUCAGUGGUUAGUAGUUACAUUAGCAAUGAUUGGAAAAUUAGCGAUCACGUCCAGUUAUGGUACAAUUUAUGUUUUUUCUACCGAACAAUUUCCAACUGUUAUUAGAAACGUUGGACUUGGAGCAGGCUCAACUUCAGCUAGAAUUGGAUCUGUGUUUGCGCCUUUAAUAAAUUUUACAAGUGUGGCGUGGAAGCCAUUGCCAAUGGUAAUUUUUGGAUGUAUGGCUCUUAUUGGAGGUUGUUUGUCCUUAGUAUUACCCGAGACCCUUAAUAGGAAACUACCAGAAACUAUCGAAGAUGGAGAGAAUUUUGGGAAGAAAAAAGUGGAAACUAAAGUAACACUUGAAGAGAUGCAAGAAUUAAAUGCAGUAAAAACUGUAGAAGACUUGGAAGGUGGUAACUAAUGACUAAACGCACAAUAAUUUAUAAAUACUUGCAUUUAGUAAUGUUGCAUUGAAUGGAGUUUAUUCCUGAAGGUCAUUUUUCUUGUUUAAUUUAAUUUUGGAAAGUAAAAGAUUUUUUGUGUUCAAGCUACAAGGUGUUUUAGAUAAGUCACUUUUUACUGCAAAUUUUAAAUAAUGUUGAGUUCAAGUCAAAGACAUUCCACAAUUUUAUUCGCGUCUUUAAGUAUAAAAAUCGGCAACAAAUAUUCAGUAACUUAUUUAGUUUUAAUUUAAAGUAUUUAAGGUAUAAUUUCAGCAGAUCUAUAUAUUAAUGAUGGUACGUAUAUGUCACUUUUUACAUAAUAUUGUGAAAAUAUUGUUAAUAUAAAUAGGAUAAAUAAUAACCACCAAUAUGUUCACGGUAGCAACCAAUCGCCAUUACAAGUACAAGAAAAAUAUAUGUGCUUUCCUUUGUAAUUUCUGUUUAUAACAAACUGUAAUGGUGGUCAGUAUGUAAACUAAAUGAAUGUAUAACAGAAGACAUGUUCCAAAAGAUAAGCAAAUUAUUUGAAACACCUUGUACCUUAUAUGUACCUAUUGGGGUGGUCAUUUUUCCAUGAGUUUGGUAAAACCAAAUUGAAUCUCUUUGAAAAAUAAUCACCUUGUGUGAGAUAAAAAAUUGUUGCUACGGUUUUAUAUUAUUAUUUAUUAUAAUAUCGAAGUUUGUCAUUAAUAAACAAAGACUAGGCCCGGUAUUUCAUGUAGUUAAUAAUUUUAAAAAAUGCACACAUUUUGCAGAGUAUUACACAUUAUAAGAAAAAAAUUAUGUUGGAUCUCAACACAGAAAUUUUAAGUGUUUUGUACAAUAAAACUCUUAAAUCUGUAAUGUGCAUUUUAACCAGAAACUAUUCAGUAUUGUACGAACCAGAACUGCCAGAAUAAACUAAAAUAUUCAGAUACUUAAGAAAAACAAGUAUAAAAAAUAAUAUAUUUCCAUUUAAACCGGCGAUAAUGAUGGUCAGACUUUUUAAAUGUUUUUUUUUUGUUUAGUAUGUUUUUUUUACGAACUUUACACCUUUUUGUUUAUAAAUGUUAUUUAAAUUAUAGUUGAAGCCCUUAUCUACUUUUUGGAUCCAGUUUUAUAUGUAAAAAGCACAAAACAACUUAAGAUUUUAUUAUAAAGUUUUUUGCAUUACUUGUUAUACUCGAUUUUGGAGUAUUUGAGUGUAUGUACUUUUUUUAAUAAAUGGUGCUAUGCAUUA